AGGAGGGCAGUAUGCGGUUUGGGACGGAGCCAUACUAACGGAGGCUGCAGGUUCAUUCGUGUGACCAAAACCAGUUCCCAGCAUACAUCGUGUUAUUUGUGUUAGCCUCCAGCCCCGGACGCUGCCAAAUAUUUAAUGCUCUAACAUCCAGAGCAGAAAAGGUGUUCCGUGGCGAGCUGAUGGAGGAGAACCAGACGCGGUUUGGAGAGGAUUAUUUAUUCAGCGCUCCGCGGUUUAGCUCAGAGCGCGUCUGCAGAGGAUUUUCGGUGGGAUGCGAUUUCUAAAGCCAGAGGCGAGCCACACUCUUCUCACAUCGCUUCUCCUCCAGUCGGAGGCUGUAGAUCCUCAUCCUCAUCAUCAUCAUCAUCAUCCUCCUCCUCAUCCUCAUCAUCAUCAUCAUCCUCCUCCUCAUCAUCAUCCUCCUCAUCAUCACCUCUGCGUUCAUGUGGAGCUCGUCUGCGUGACCCCUGCAACACCCUUACCAUUCAGCAUAGUGGGGACAGGUCCUCUUUAACGACUCUACACACACACACACACACACACACACACACUUCAGCUAUACAUUCAAACAACCGAACAGAAAUCAUUUGCAUUACUGCUUUUCUGAAUGCACACAUGGGAACUGACCUGAUGUCUGAUGAUCUUCUGGCUAAACACUGAUUGCAAGCUGAUGGAGAAACUCUUCUAGGAAUCAAGAUGCAUCUCAUCAGUACGAAAUGAUCUGGUUCAGGUUGCUGUUGUCCUUAAUGGCUUUUAUGAUGAGAAGAUGGAAGGUGUUGGUGGUGCUGAACGUGUUCGCAGUAGCAGGCUUCUUCACUUUUUGGGGCAAGUGUGAUGUACGGCCGAACAAAAUUAUCAAUGGUCACACUCGCCUCAAUGGAUCUUCUUCAGACCCAAGCAUCAGUCAUGAGGUCCUGCUGAAGAGGCUUGGCUCAUUGGAAGAUGUGGUCUACAGACAGCUAAAUGGUUUGUCCAAAUCUCUUGGUCUUAUUGAGGGCUUCAGAGGCCAGGGCAAAGGUGGCUUUCCUGCCACACUGACUCCCGAGGAGGAAAAGCAAGCCAAAUAUCUGCAAGAGAAGUACGGCUACAAUGCAUUCCUGAGUGACAGGAUUUCUCUGGACAGGUCCAUCCCAGACUAUCGGCCCAGCAAGUGCAAAAACAUGUUUUAUCCCAGAGACCUGCCCCAGAUCUCUCUUAUCUUCAUCUUUGUGAACGAGGCGCUGUCGGUGAUCCUGCGAUCUGUGCACUCGGCCGUCAAUCACACUCCACCUCAUCUGCUGAAGGAGAUCAUCCUAGUAGACGAUAACAGUGAUGAUGAGCAACUGAAAGGGCCACUUGAAGAAUAUGUCAACAAACGGUACCCAGGCCUUGUCAAAAUUGUGCGCAAUCAGAAGCGAGAGGGCCUCAUCCGUGCUCGUAUUGAGGGCUGGAAAAUUGCCACAGGGGAAGUGACAGGCUUUUUCGAUGCUCACGUAGAAUUCACUCCUGUUUGGGCUGAACCAGUUCUCUCCAGAAUUAAGCAGGACCCCAAGAGGAUCGUCCUACCCUCAAUAGACAACAUUAAACAUAAAUCAUUUGGCCUGGAGCGCUACGAGAACUCAGGCCAUGGUUUCAACUGGGAGCUGUGGUGCAUGUACAUCAGUCCUCCGAAACAGUGGUGGGAUGAGGGAGACACCUCUGCACCCAUCAGGACCCCUGCAAUGAUAGGCUGUUCAUUUGUGGCAAACCGGCACUACUUUGGAGAGUUGGGUCUGCUGGACUCAGGCAUGGAUGUCUAUGGUGGAGAAAACAUAGAGCUUGGAAUUAGGGUUUGGCUGUGUGGGGGGAGUAUGGAGGUUUUGCCGUGCUCUCGGGUGGCUCACGUUGCCAGGACGAAGAAGCCAUACCACAGCAACAUUGCUUUUCACACCAGGCGCAAUGCACUGCGGGUGGCCGAAGUAUGGUUGGACGAGUACAAGUCUAAUGUCUACCUGGCCUGGAACAUUCCAAUGGAGAGCCAUGGCAUUGAUUAUGGGGACAUAUCAGAGCGUGUGGCACUGAGGAAAAAAUUGCAGUGUAAAAACUUUGAGUGGUACCUUGAUAAUAUCUACCCAGAGAUGAGGCGAUACAACAGCACGCUGUUUUAUGGAGAAAUUCGCAACUCCAACGUGACCCAUCUGUGUAUGGAUCAGGGCCUAAAGGAAAACCACACAGCAACCCUCCACCCUUGCCAUGGAUGGAACCCACAGCUUGGCCGCUAUACCAAGGAGGGAUACCUGUUUGUGGGACCUUUGGGAAGCACUGGAGAAGACACCUACUGUGUGAUUGAUGACAUGAUCAGCAGCUUCCCUCAGCUUGUCAACUGCGACAAAGUCUCUAACAUAGGCCAAAAGACAUGGAACUUUGCACAGAAUGAAUCGAUCGUGAACCGGGCCACAGGUCGCUGCCUAGAGGUGGUAAAGGCCAACGUCUCCUUCGGCUAUGCACUGGUUCUGCAGGCCUGCACUGGCCAGAGAUGGAACAUCAAAAAUACGAUGAAGCAGCAGCAGGGACUCUGAGUGAGUCAGACCCAUCAGAUAAGACUGUUACACACAAGAAGCCAGAAGUCUUGAAAGGAACUGUAAUGGUCUGCUUUCAGCUUUGUGGUCUGACUUCAUUGAAUUUGAUUUUAUUGGGUGUGAGCUGCUCUCAGUAGAUGAGUGUGCAAUACAUGUGAAAAAACUCCACACUCAGUCCUCUGAGUACAGUCCUCUACAGAACAAGAGGUUUUGAUAGAAAUAAUUGUGUUCCUAAAAAAGAGUGGCCAUCUACUACAAAGUUUAAUUACUUAAAAAAAAGGCAAAAAAAAAAAAAAAAGAUUUUGUAAUAGUCAUGCUGAGGAACAAUACAGGAUCAAGAAGUUAUACUAACAGCAUUCCAUAUCAAGUAAAACCUUUUCUUCAGGGUGCUACAAACUACAUUUUGCUCUUUUCGCAUUUUAAGUGGUAUCUUUCUUCUGUUUGAAUUGAGAUAUUUUGGCUAUUAUGGAAGUCAUGGACUUUAGUAUUUCUGUUGAUUUGUCUUGAACACAUUCACUGCCCCAGUGGAAAAUACUAAUUUACAAGCUUUCAUAAUGAUGGAUGUGCAAGUUAAUUUGCUUAAGUUUUACUAUUUGCUGUGGAUUGAUUGUGUUUUUUUUUUUUUUAUAUAUAUAUAUAAAUCUUUCCAGCUUCGACCCCAUUAAUAAGACAGUUCUUUUUAAGUAAGUAAUAGAAUCUGUUAGUGACUUAAACACUCAGUAGCAUGACCUCUUAAUAUGCAAAUGGGAAAUAAUUCUACAGUACAGUACAAUGAGUGUACAGUAGGCAUAAUAAGAUAUAUUAGGUAAGAUAUUUUUGAAUUUUAGAGUGAGUGUAAUAAGACAUAAAUGAAUAUGUGACUACUGCUGGUGCUCAUGGUCAAAUAGUUUGGUGAUGGAAAUUCUCCCAUACUGUCUUCCAUUAAAUUAAAAUAAAGUUUUAAAUAAAAUCAUGAACUAC